AUGCAACGAACGGAAGAAGAAUGUGAAGAAAUAAAACUGAAGAAGAAUUUGAAUUUCUCUUCCUUCAUAACUAUAAAGCCCGCUUCUAAAAAGCGGCGCUCCAGCCAAAGUAGAGCUUUAGAACAGAAAUCAAGAAUAACAGAAUUAGACUUACAAUAUGAGAACAUAAACAAGAUAUUGCGUUGUUCUAACGCAACUCCCAUAAGAUGCUUUGUAAGCUCACGAUACGCCUGUAGCUAUUGCUUCGAACAGUUCCACGAUCCAAAAGAGCUGAAGGGCCAUACGCUAUCGCACUCCGAUAACGCAAUACCAGAUUUCCUCAAAAUCAAAACUUUAUCCAGAUACAUAGUGUAUAUGGACAUAAGCAACUUGAAAUGCAAAAUUUGUGACCUGGAAAUCGAUGAUUUGGACAGUUUAACGAACCAUUUGAAGACAAAUCAUAACGAAACGGUACAUGAGCUGAAGAACCACAUAGUUCCUUUCAAAUUUGGGGAUGAUAGUGAUGAACUGGCGUGUGUUGAGUGCUCGAAAACGUUCGAUGAUAUUUUGACUCUACAAGAGCACACAACAGGUCACUAUAAGAACUAUAAAUGCGAGUUCUGUGAGGCAGCGUUUCUCAACCGAAGUAUGAUGAUACAGCACAAGAAAGAUGCACAUAACGUGGACCAGAAAGUCAAAUAUCAGACACAUGCAUAG